CUCGUAGUCAUCAAACCAGUCGCUCAGAAUCAUCAUCUCCGCGAGGCUCGAUCCGAAAUCAGCUACCAACAUCCUCCAGCGAAGCCGGGUGCCUUGUCCUAAGGACGAGGCAGCCGCAGCAUCUGCCAAAAUUCCACCCACGUCUCGGAAACGCUCCUUUGAUAAUAUUUCUACCUCCACGCACAUCGAGGCCACUCGGAAGGCAAGCAAGACGAGUCACAAACAGGACGGCGCGUUGCUGGCGGAGGUUGAGGCCGCUCCGACCCCACAAUCUCUGGCUUCCGAUAAAGGCCGUGCAAUGGACUCGGACGACGAGGUGAUGAGCGUAGGCGGCUCCUCUGGAGACGAUUUCGGUGCAGACGACAGCAGUGUCGACUUUGGGGCAGCAGAUUCGGACGUCGAGAUUGAGGAUGACUUCCAAGACGAUGGCGCAUUCGAGGCGCAAGAGAAAGACCUGAAGCGCGAGAAGAAGGCAUAUGAGGUCGAUUUCAAGGUUUACAGUCCGCAAGACAUUCAGGCACAGCAGGACCGACAGGUUUCGGAAGUCGCGAACCUGCUGGAACAGCCGCACGAGGCCACCGCGAUCCUGCUACGGUAUGGGCGAUGGAAUAAAGAGCGCGUUAUUGAGCAGUACAUGGACAACCAGGAAGAAGUGCUUGAAAAGGCAGGCCUAGGGCAAGAUCUACAGCGAGAUCCACCCCGGAUUGAGACGAUUGACGGCUUUGCUUGCGAUAUUUGCUGCGAGGAUGAGGCCGGUCUAGAGAGCUUUGCUAUGAGGUGUGGCCAUCGCUUCUGUGUGAACUGCUACAGACAGUAUUUGGCCCAAAAGAUUCGGGAAGAAGGGGAAGCUGCGCGGAUCAAGUGCCCGGGCGAUGGCUGCAAUAACAUCGUGGACGCCAAGAGCCUUGAUCUGCUGGUGACGGCAGAUUUGACUGACCGGUAUCACGAGCUUCUCAUGCGCACAUAUGUCGACGACAAGGACAACCUGAAGUGGUGCCCGGCGCCAGAGUGCAUCUAUGCUGUGGAGUGCGGUGUGAAACAGCGCGAUCUCAAGCGGAUAGUGCCUACCGUUCACUGCGACUGCAAGCACAGCUUCUGCUUCGGUUGCACCUUACCCGACCAUCAGCCAUGCCCGUGCUCGCUCGUCAAGAAGUGGCUGAAGAAGUGCGAGGACGACAGCGAGACCGCGAAUUGGAUAUCAGCCAAUACGAAGGAAUGCCCAAAGUGCUCGUCAACUAUCGAGAAGAACGGCGGCUGCAAUCACAUGACGUGCAGAAAGUGCAGGAACGAAUUCUGCUGGAUAUGUAUGGGUCUGUGGUCGGAGCACGGCACCUCUUGGUACAAUUGCAAUCGUUUCGAGGAGAAGAGUGGCUCCGAUGCUAGAGAUGCGCAGGCAAAGAGCCGUCAGUCGCUCGAGCGGUAUCUGCACUACUAUAAUCGAUACGCCAAUCAUGAACAGUCAGCUCGCCUCGACAAGGACAUCUACCAUAAGACGGAGAAGAAGAUGCAGCUCCUUCAAAACCAAUCAGGUCUUUCUUGGAUCGAGGUGCAAUUUCUUGAGCAGGCCUCGCACGCGCUUCAGCAAUGCAGACAAACUCUUAAGUGGACAUAUGCCUUCGCAUACUAUCUGGCCCGCAACAACCUGACGGAGAUCUUUGAAGACAACCAAAAGGAUCUCGAAAUGGCAGUUGAGAACCUUUCCGAGAUGUUUGAGAAGCCUACAGAACAGCUAGCAGGUCUCAAAGUCGAAAUGAUGGAUAAGACGGCCUACUGCAACCGGCGUAGGCAGAUUUUGCUGGCAGAUACGGCGGAAGGUUUGAAAGCAGACAACUGGCAAUUUAACGUCGAACUCCAGUGAGCCGCUCGCUCGAUCCAACAGCCCUCGAGCGAAAGUCAAGCUCUCAGUCCGCAUGAUUUCGCAGAGCGACCACCCUCAUAAUUAUUGCGAAUGCGGCCGAGCCCCCCAUGACAGACGAUGCUACGAUUCAGUUUCUUAUGUAUCAUUUGGGAAUUGGGACACGAUGCGAGGCAUGGGAACGAGGAAUUUGACAUUUUGGCGUGGCGUGGCGCGAACGAGCCCGACUGACGGAUGAUUCAUAGUUGGUUGCUCGCUCGCUUGCUUCUUUCCUCUUUCUCGACUACAAUCAUGCCGCAUGGUCUGGGGCGAGGCGAGGCCUUAGUUGUGCAGUCAAGUAGGAGCGAGGCGCUUAGCGAGUUGUAUGAAAUGUAGAUCAUAACUGCCAAUGUUAUUAUACAGAGC